AUGACAUCCUCUUCUGGUCUCCCACAAAUCGAAACUCGUGUGAAUUGGCAAGAAAUUUCAACGAUUGAAAAGAAAAUAAUCGAUGCUUUGAAAGGAAUCAAAGUCAGAGAUAUCAGUGAAGCAAAUAUGAUUUUAUCCAAGAAAAAUGGAGAAAUCCACGUUCAGAUUGAGCUGAAGCCGUUCGCCUUCCCGGAUACCGAACGAUGCAAGGGAGUUCUGGCGAACACGACGUCGUUGGUUGGUCAACAGCGCAUCGGAUGUCUUGGGAUCGAGUACCGACAAGAGAAGGCGAGUCGACGUGGCAGACGGCUCAGGAUGUCGACUGGAGUACAGACAGUCUCCACAGCUCAACAAUGA